AUGGAGUCUUCGUGUACACGUUUCACGGCAGCUGAAGGCGGAGCUCGCUUAGCCGCUUAUGCGGGUUCUAAGAAUAUCUUGGUGACAGAGCACACUGCCUUUAUAUCGACCAGUGUGCUCAUUGAACAUGCAUAUAAGAUAAGAGGCCUAUUAUCAUCAGGUCGUCAGCGUUCAAUAUUCAUAACAAGAUUGUCUCGGAUUGAAUGUGUUGCCCAUGAACUAACAAUUUUAACUGAUUUAGCUGUUUUUAAAGCUAAAUUGUAUAGUGAUGUGAGCGAUUGGAAAAAUGAGUUAGAAUAUAAGGAGGUACUAGUGUGUACAUCAGAAGUGUUCAAAAUGAUUUUACAUGAAAAAAUUUUGGCUAUUCCAAAUGUAAAUGUACUAAUAAUAGACAGCUGUCAUUUAAUAUUUAAAGAUGAGAAUUUACAAUAUAUAAUGAAUCUGUAUAAACAACAUGAAGAAAAUAAGCGACCAAGGAUUUUAGCGCUUACAUACCCACUAUUCACAGCCCCUAAAGACGAACAGACAGACACACAAGAAGAGGCUAUGGAUGGUAUAGAUAAAAAAGAAAUUAAUGAUUGUAUAACAGAAAAAGAUAAUGAAAGAUAUGAAAAUGAAGAAACUAAAAUGGAAAGCAAUGAAAAAUUUAAAGUAACAACAAAUAAGGAUGAUGGAAGUUGUGAAAGGGAAAAUGAAAUAAAAGAUUCCGGAAGUAAAAAGAAAAAUUAUGAAAUGAAAGAUACAUUUGUGAAAAGUGAUUUUGGUGUUUACAACAAUAUGGAUGAUUUCGAUAUGUAUGAAAAAUUAGAGUGGAAGAUUGAGGAAUUUGAAAAGGCUUUGUGUUGCGAAAUAGAUUUGGCGGAAGAUAUUGAUGGAGGGAAACGAUUGUCAGCAACAGCGGUGAAACCUAAGGAGGUAAUAAUAGAAUACAGUCCUCAGGUCUCAAGUGAAGACCUACCGGAUAUCUAUGUGGAGUUGGAGAGAUAUAUGAAGGACACUGUGUACGAUGCUUUGGAUUUCAUAAACGAGCACAGAUAUGAUCCAACAGAGAUAUACGGUGAGGAUUUAUAUGAAGAGUUUAUGAAGAUACCCGACCCGACUGUUGAUCCUAAGCAGAUCUUUAUGGAGUUUUUAUAUGUACUGGAACAAUUAGGUCCGUACGCUGCGGACAAAGCCGCGUUCUCUCUGCUAACUAAAUUAGAAAAAUUAAAAAUAAAAGUGCCUUACGAGAGACAUUUUUUGCUACUAUGCCUAUGUACGUCCGUGUUCGUCAAGAUAAGGUGUUACGCGGAUCUUGUAUUUUCAAAAUAUGAAUCUGAUUGGGAGAAGAUUACAAUGUUUUCAACACCAAAAGUACUAAGAUUGGCGGAGAUUUUAGAACAAUUUCAACCUGAUAAUCAAAAAGACGUCAAAAAUUCGCCCGAUUGUAACAUAAAUGCCAAAGAUAAUAUUAAUACAACUGAUAGUAACACGAAAAAUGAUGAAAAAAAAGAUAUCACGAAAAAUGAUGAAAAGAAAGAUAUCACGAAAAAUGAUGAAACGAUUGUUGAUAGCACCUCGGAUGAUAUCGACAAGAAGAAAAAUAUUGAUACAACAGAAGUAUGUGAUAACAAUGAUGCUGAUAGUGAAUUGAAAGAAAGAAAUGAAAUUGAUAGUAAAAAUGAAAGUGAAAUGAAAAAAUCAAAAACAAUGGAAUUAUUGAAUGAAUUGGAGAAAUGUGAUUUUGUGACGUUGGGAAAUAAAAUUGAAGAUAGAGUGAAUACGUACGAGGCUAAUUUGAAGGAUAUUGAAGAUUACGAAGUUAUUGUUGAUAGCGGCAAAAGUGAUAGCAAAAAUGGUAGUAACAAAAGUGAUAGUGUUUGUGUUAAUGAUAAAGGGACAGAUGUGAAAGUGGGUUUUGGUAAACGCGGUCACAGAUCUAGAGGUAGGAGGGUGCAGAGGAGUAAUGUUGCGAAAAUGCAGCAAAUGCAGCAAAAUUCGGAUGCUCUAUGCGGUAUUGUAUUUUUACGUGAAGCUCUGAUGGCGAAGAUAUUGUUUAUGAUGAUUGUGGAUAUGUCCAGAAGUCGUCCGUCCUUAUCCCACUUGUGCGCACAGUACUGCGCCUCAGAGGAUGGUAGGGACAAGGAUAGCCAGAGAGAGGGGAAAAAGCAGGAGGAGGUUUUGAAGAAAUUCCGUAUGCACGAGUGUAAUUUGCUUUUAGCAACGUCGGUGUUAGAAGAAGGGAUAGAUCUGCCGAGAUGUAAUUUGGUUGUGCGAUGGGAUGUGCCUCCUUCCUACCGAUCCCACGGGCUGUGCCGAGGGCGGGCGCGGGCGCCGCGCGCCGCCGUGGCGCUGCUCGCGGGGGCGGCGGACAGCGACGCUCUGGUGCACAACCUGGCUGUGUAUAAGGAGUUGGAUCAGAUUAUAACACGAAAAUGUGGUUGUGGUAUACAAUUUGAACCGCCUCAAGAGGAAGAGAACCAAGCAGACUCAAUAGCGUACCUUGUCAAACCAUACAUACCUCUCGAACUGAUUUCUAAUACAAAUCGAUUAGAAACCGAUAAUAAAUCGAAUGUAGGACUUAAAAUCGAUAUUAAUAAUGAUAAUGCCAAUGCUGAUAUAAUUAUAACUAAUGAUAAUGAUAUGGAAGAUGACAAUGUAAGAACCAAAGACAAUGAUAGAGAAAUAAAUAAAGAAAUGGACACAAAUAAACAUACAGACAAUGUUAUUAACAAAUUGAAUAUGAAUCUAUCAAAAAUACACAUAAAUAUGGAAAAUGGUGAACUGGAAAUGGAUAUGAUGAAGGAAGAUGUAAAUAGAAGAUAUAAAGAAUAUACAAAUGAAAUUAGAGAAGAGAAUAAGAAGAUGAAUAUAGAAAAAGAGUGUCACGAAACUCUAGAUUUUAGAGAGCAAGAUAAAAUUGGUGAUGUUGAAACGAAAUGUGAUGAUCUAAAGUUUGAUUACAAGUUGAGUGAUAAGAAGUGUGAUGAAAAUGUUGCCAGUGUUGAUUUGAAUUCAGCAAUUGCAUUAAUUAAUAGAUACUGCAGUAAACUCCCAUCAGACACAUUCACGAGGCUCGCACCCCAAUGGUGGAUGGAACAGGUUCGGCUCCCGGACAGGCAUGGUGUCUUGAGAACGGCUUAUAUAUGCACCUUGAGAAUGCCCUUGAAUUGUCCAGUGAAAUAUAAUAUUGUUGGGCACCCAAUGCCGACGCGCGUGCUGGCGCGGCGCGUGGCGGCGCUGCUGGCGUGCCGCGCGCUGCACCGCGGCGGCGAGCUCGACGACCACCUCGUGCCCAUCGGCAAAGAGAAUUUUAAAGCUGCAGAGCUGGAGAGCAGCGCGCCGGCGGCGGACAGCGCGGACGGCGACAGCGCGCGCCCCGGCACCACCAAGCGCCGGCAGUAUUACUACAAGCGGACGGCGUGGGAGUUCACAGAUUGCCAAGCGAUCAUAGACGCUACGGAUGAGGAAAUAGAGAAGAAUCCCGUUCUCGAUGGGAAACAAGAUGGCGCCGCCGCCAGCAACGUGCUGCACCUGGUGCAGGCGGCGCUGUGGUGCGCGCUGCCCGAGCGCUACAACACGCGCGGCCGCCGCCUGCACGCGCCGCAGCGCGCGCGCCACGCCGUCGCCGUGCUCAUGCGCCGCGCCGCCGCCGGCCGCAGACUGCAGAUCCCGGCGUUCCCGGUGUAUACGCGGUCGGGAGAGGUGCGCGUGUCCGUGGAGCCCGCGCGGGGCGCCGACGUGCGCCUGUCGCCGCGCCGCGCCGAACUCAUACACAGAUUCAUGCGUUUUGUCUUUUCGGACGUCCUUCGAGUGAGACGCCGCGGGAUGAAACUGCAAAUGGAGGGGUCUACACAUAACAAUUAUUAUAUUGUGCCGACUGUUAAAAAAACGAGAGAGGAUGGGUCAACAUGGAUAGAUAUCGACUGGCCGUUCUUAGAACUGAUAUACAAACACACAGAAGAGAAGAAACUUCAAGAAAUAGAGAAACCAAUUCUAUGGGAGGAGGGGGAGAAAAAGGAUAAGAAGGAUAAAGAGAAAGUGAAGAAGAUGGAGAAUCCAUUAUUGAAACCCGGAGAAGUGUUUGUUUUUGAUGCAGAGAAAUAUAAAGAGGCAGUGGUCACACCGUGGUAUAGAAAUCAGGAUCAACCACAGUUCUUCCUGGUGGCGGAGAUCUGCUGGCACCUGACGCCGGAGUCGGCGUUCCCGUCGGCGCAGCACGCCAGCUUCCGCGCCUACUACCGCGCCAAGUACGGCGCCGAGCUCACGCAGCGCGCGCAGCCGCUGCUCGACGUGGACCACACCAGCGCGCGCCUCAACCUGCUCACGCCCAGGUACGUGAACCGCAAGGGCGUGGCGCUGCCGGUGUCGUCGGAGCGCACGCGGCGCGCCAAGCGCGACCGGCUGGACCAGAAGCAGAUCCUGGUGCCGGAGCUGUGCCGCGUGCACCCCUUCGCCGCGCCGCUGUGGUUCGCGGUCGUGGCGCUGCCCUGCGUGCUCUACCGGAUAAACGCUUUAUUGAUAGCCGAUGAAAUCAGACGAGCUGUGGCCAUAGACGUGGGAUUGGGGAUCCCCCGGAUAGAUGAUGAGACCUGUCCCGGCUUCCAAUGGCCGCCAUUGGAUUUUGGAUGGAGUCUGGCUGAGGUUCUUAACGCGGAUGACAAAAGUGAGAAAAAGAAAGACGAUGAGGAUGCCAAGAAGGAAGAUAAAGAGUACAGAACAAAAGAAGAGAAAGAAGUACACCAGAAAGAAAUAGAAGAUAAGAAAGAAGAAGUGAGAGAGAAAACUAUAAAUGAUAUAUUACAAGAGAAACUAGAUGCGGAAAGUGGUUUCGAAAUAGGCACGUGGAGUAACGAAAUGGCUUCGUCCAUACCGCAGGAGUACGACGAGCUCUUGGAACCGCUGCCCCCUAACCUCACCUUCUGUACUUCUUCGUCUGGUGGAGCGAAUUGGUCGGAGCCGAUAGAAAAGCCGAAAGGGCAGUACAAUACCGGCCGUACGUUUUCAAUGGCAGACAGCGACUGCUCUUAUAUGUCUAGCGACUUCGACACCGACGACACGGACAUGACGGACGGCAGCGACGACGACACCGACACCACGGGCUUCUGCAGCAGCAGGAAUUCUAAUGCGGCGAUGGGCGUGCGCAUAGAGUACAAGACGGCGCACGAGGCGGAGGCGGUGGACGUGGGGCGCGCGCGCGCGGUGGCGCCGGCGCCGCACCGCGACGCCCGCGACGACGCCGCGGACCGCCGCGCGCACCGCGACUGUCUGAGGGAGGGGGACGCCCCGCCGGAGUAUGUAGAAAAGUUUCGAUCUUCAGUAAUGCAGCAUGAAAACGAGAUCAAAGACAACGGUCUUUUAAUAGACAAAAAUAAACAAAUAGUCGAUCUACUACCGGAACCUAAUAAAAAUAUCAUAGACAAUAUAGAUAAUCUGUUCAAAUAUAAACAUAACUCGACCAACGAUCAAAAUAAAAUGAAAAUUAUUAUAGAUAAUAAUAAAAAUAAUGACAAAAAUAUGUCAAAAGAAGACAUGACAGCCAAAGACAAUUCAAAACCGAAAGAAAUUCCAAAUCAAAAAAUCAUAGACGAAAUAUUUCCAUAUGGCAAUAAAAUUGAAUUUGAAAAUGGUCAGAUAACACUGGAAUCUAUAGAAAAAAACAAAAGAGUUUUAUUGGCUGAAUUGAAGAAGUCUUUGUCUGAUGAGGAAAUUAAAAAAAUGAACUGUUUCUCCAUGAAAGAUGUAGAUAUAGAUGGAGAAGAUUAUGUCAAUGAAAAGGUAGUUAAUGUUGGGUUCGAUUCCAAAGAGAAAUAUGCAGAAAAAGUUAAUUCUUGGAAGGAUAAGCAUGAGUAUAAGCCGUAUUAUAUGGAAAAAGGUCAGAAUGGGAAAGAGUUUGACUUUGAUUUUCAACCGGAUUUGGAGGGACAUCCGGGGCCUAGUCCCAGUCUUAUUUUACAGGCACUGACGAUGUCGAACGCCAACGACGGCAUAAACCUGGAGCGGCUGGAGACGAUCGGCGACAGCUUCCUGAAGUUCGCUAUCACAGCGUACCUGUACUGCGCGCACCCGGCCGUGCACGAGGGCAAGCUCUCGCACAUGCGCAGCAAGCAGGUGUCGAACCUGAACCUGUACCGGCUGGGGCGCGCCAAGCGGCUGGGCGCGCGCAUGAUCGCGUCUAAGUUCGAGCCGCACGACAACUGGCUGCCGCCGUGCCACGCGCCGCCGCCCACGCUACACGCGCACCAGGGUGACGGUAAAGAGAAAACGGAGAGCACGGACACGCCCAUAGACAAUAGUGGAUGUUUCAUACCGUACAAUCUUAUAACUCAACACAGUAUACCAGACAAGUCGAUAGCGGACUGCGUGGAGGCGCUGAUCGGCGCGUACCUGCUGGCGUGCGGGCCGCGCGGCGCGCUGCUCUUUAUGUCGUGGCUGGGCCUGCGCGUGCUGCCGCGCCACGCGCUGCCGCUGCCCGCCGCCCACCCCUACGCCCGCGCCCACGCCCGCACCCGCGCCCACGCCUCGCGCCCGCCGCGCCGCCGGCGGGCGCGCGAGGAGGAGGGGGAGGGGAAAGACAAAUCGAAGGCCACGUCGCCGAGCUCGUCGGAGUCGUCCUCGGAGGAGGAGCCCGAGGGCGCUCCGCCCCCGGACUGGAGCUGGCCGGGCCGCGCGGUGGGCGCGCUCAAGCCCUACUGCGACGCACAGGGACGCUGGUGGCAACCAAUAUAUGGAGAGCUGAAAGCGCCUCCGUCCCCACUGUUAAGGUACAUAGAAGAUCCCGAGGGAGAGUUGGAACAAAUGCUUUCCGGUUACGAUGCGUUAGAAAGGACGCUUCAAUACAGAUUCAAGGACCGCUCCCUUCUACUGCAGGCCCUCACCCACGCCUCGCACCAGAGGAACAGGCUUACAGACUGCUACCAGAGGCUCGAGUUCCUUGGAGAUGCCAUUUUAGACUACCUGAUCACGCGGCACCUGUACGAGGACCCGCGGCGCCACUCGCCCGGCGCGCUCACCGACCUGCGCUCGGCGCUCGUCAACAACACCAUCUUCGCCACGCUCGCCGCCAGGCACGGCUUCCACAAAUAUUUUAGACACAUGUCGCCGGGUUUGAACGAGGUUCUAACAAAAUAUGUUAAAAUACAAGAGGAGAAUGGGCACUCUAUUAGUGAAGAGCAUUACCUCAUACAAGAGGACGAAAUGGAGCAAGCGGAAGACGUGGAAGUGCCCAAGGCGUUGGGAGAUCUAUUCGAGUCUGUCACAGGAGCUAUAUUCUUAGAUUCCGGUAUGUCGUUAGGUGCGGUGUGGCGGUCGGUGGGCGCGUUGCUGAGUGCGGAGCUGGAUGCCUUCAGCGCGGCCGCACCCAAGUCCCCGGUCCGGGAGCUGCUCGAGGCGGAGCCCGACACUGCUAAGUUUGGUAAACCUGAGCGUUUAGCGGACGGACGACGUGUACGUGUUUGUGUCGAAGUAUUUGGUCGAGGGACGUUCAAAGGCGUCGGUCGAAACUAUCGUAUUGCGAAGGGAACUGCGGCUAGAUGUGCUUUACGGCAUUUGAGGGAUCAUCGUCCACGU